CUCGGCUCCCGGCGCUUCCCGUCGGCAUGGCCGUGUUCCACGACGAGGUGGAGAUCGAGGACUUCGAGUACGACGAGGAGACCAGGACCUACAGCUACCCGUGCCCCUGCGGGGACCUAUUCCUCAUCACGCGGGAGGACCUGGAGAACGGGGAGGACGUGGCCACCUGCCCCAGCUGCUCCCUGAUCCUGCGCGUCAUUUACGACAAGAUCCCACCUGUGGUGACACAUACAGCUCAUGGAGUACAAAUUAUGUGUAGUGGGCGUUUAUGUGGAAAAUCUAUAUGGCUAAAGCAUCCUGGCAAACCACAGUUCCUGCUGGGUGAGUUAAGAGUCUGUCUUGAAGGAAUGAAGCAUUCAAAACUCCCCAUGCAGGUUCCUGGCCACCAGCUGCUGCUCAGGGACGUUCUGUUCCGUCACACUCCAGUCUGCACCUCCUGGCACUGCUUUGGUUGCACAUAACAUUGUCAUGACAGUGACUCCCGGGACUGCAAGAAUGAACGGACGCUUUGCUGUGUUUAUCAGCAGAAAGACAGUCAAAGGCAGUUUUGUUUGUGAGCUUGGCAUACAGGUUUUAUUCCCUGCAACAGGGAAAAGAUGGGAACGGUCAGAGUUUAGCAGAAAAAUAGAAUAGUCAUAGAGAAAAAAAAAAAACCAGAAAAAAUGUAUCUGAUUAAUUUUGCAUCUGUUCUUACUUAUGGACUACGCUCUUGUGUUGACUGGUUACUCUCAGAUUCAACAUUCAAAUGUAAUGCAUGAAUUAUUUUUAACUCCAGCCUGGUAAAUAUCAACUAUCUGCUGCUCAAACUGCCUUAGCAGAUAAGUUGCCAGGCUGAACUGAAUUCAUGAACCAGAACAGUGAAAACAUUUAUAGGACAGGAAUCAUCAUCAGAGGAGGGAAUUAAGAUAUCCCAAAGUGCAAGCAAACACACCCUGAUGUUUUCCCAAUAGAAAAAUUAGUCAACAGGACUAUGAACUCCCAAACUGUGUCCCCUCAGCUUGGCCUCCCUGAUUGUAAGCUGGAAGAAGCCUCCACCCAAGCAGGCUGAAAACAUCUGCUGCACAACAGAAGCUUUUCCCUGCACAUCCACCCACCUCCAUUUUCCCAGUUGCUGGGCUCAUGUGAAAGAGUUGUCAGUACAGCAGCUCCCUCUCAGGUAGUCUCUGCCCAUCAAUAUGGCUUUAUUGACAAAGUAUCUAUGUGCCCUCUGUGCUCAGACAUUUUGGUGAAGGUCACAUGGUGAGUGGGGCUCAAAGUCACUAAGGUUUUUUUUUUGCCUGAAUGCAUCCUUCACGCUCGAGUGUAUCCCAAAAGUCAAAAUGCAGUCCUAGAGACACGGACCUUUUCAUAGCCUAAGUGUUCUGUAACAUGCUUUUUUAAUUAGAUGAUAAAGAAAACUAAAUGAUCCCUUCCUUCUUAUUCAUAUGGCUCUAAAAGAGCUAUCUUUUUUCUACUAUCCUCCUCCUCCUCCUCCUCUUCUUCUAAAACAAAGAAACUUCCCUCAUUUUGCCCCCAGCACCAUUUCCAGGAGUACUGCCUGCUUCCAGAAAGCAGCACUGCCUCUCUCUUCCUGUGUUUCAGACUGGAGAGAUGGAAUAGCUUGGUGGGACCUUUAUAACAGAUUUUUUUCCCAGUACAAAGAGCAGCCUGAGCUAUUCUUGUACUUGCUGCUGCCAGCGAGUUUUGCAAGGCCCCCAAGAGGUGGGACAGCAGAUUGGGGCACCUCAAGGAGACAGUGUUUUCAUUUGCAUCUUGAUACAAGUGGGAUGGUAUCAAUUCUGAGUCACCUCCUUUGCCCACCCUGCCAUCUCAGCUGUGCCUCACAGGGACAUUAUCAAGAUUUCUUUUGCCAACUACACCAAGAUUUGCCUUAAUUUGCUUCUGUUGGGCAGAAGUACUGCUGAAGACCCUAGGAGAGAAAUGUGUUUUUUAGUUACCUCAGGUGGGCCUAAUGGUCCAGAGUAAGCUCUCCAGCUGAUGUUUUUCUCAAAAUGAGAUUUGUUUAAAAAUGAAUGGUUUAAGUUAAGUUACCUAAAGUCCCUGGGUGAAUCUGUUCCUGCGAUCAAUGAGAAAGCUGGGCCAGAAUUAAAAAAUAAGAAUGAGACUGUGCAUGUAAAUGUAAGAAAAGGAGAGACAGGUGUAAAAACAAUGUAUAAACACCUCUUGCUGAAAGACAGAAUUUUCUUUCCACAAGGAAACCCUGAGACGGGGGGAGAGAUGCACUUGAGCUCAGCCUUGCUUGGAUGUGGCACAGUGUGGCCUCUGGUACAGCUGGGAGCAGGGCAGGGUGCAGCACUGUCCUUGCACUUCUGCAAGGAAGCUGCUCCAUACAGUUGGGUAGAAGGAAAAUCUCACCAAACAAUGAGUUACAGGCCUCAGUCUGCCCUGUAAUUCAUGGCUGGCCACUUGGAUCUAGAGGCCUGUGUUCCAAAAACAGACUGAAAAAUGUUCAGAUCCAUGAGUGGAGUGGUUCAGGUCUUCCUGUGGGUCAGAAAUAAAGUCU